AAACAACGGACGCAACAAAGAAGGGCCGAGGUCAUGUCAAGUAUGUGCGCUGCACAAACUGUGAUAGAUGUGUGCCCAAGGACAAGACCAUCAAAAAAUGUGUCAUCAUUAACAUCGUUGAGGCAACAGCUGUCAGUGAUAUUUCUGACGCCGGCGUUGAUGAAAUCCACUCCAGAGUUGCGAGGAACAGAUCCAAGGAGGCCAGGAAGAACCAAACUCCUCCUUUUAGAUUCCGACCUGGAAGUGGAAAAGUAAAAGUAAGAAGGAUGAGUUGGAAGAUGAGGGGAGGGGGGGGGGGAAGAGAAAGACAUCAGUGA